UAAAAUGGAGACGGAGUUCGAUUAUUUGUUCAAAUUGUUGAUGAUAGGAGAUUCAGGUGUUGGAAAGAGUAGUCUUCUUUUAAGUUUUACUGCCGGUACCUUUGAUGAACUCUCUCCCACUAUUGGUGUUGAUUUUAAGGUGAAACAUGUAACUGCUGGAGGUAAGAAGCUAAAGCUUGCAAUUUGGGAUACAGCCGGGCAGGAACGAUUCAGAACGUUGACAAGUUCUUAUUACAGAGGUGCCCAAGGGGUGGUUUUGGUUUACGAUGUAACACGAAGGGAAACAUUUACAAAUCUUAUAGAAGUGUGGACUAAGGAAUUCGAACUCUACACGACAAAUAAAGACUGCAUCAAAAUGCUUGUUGGGAACAAACUUGACAAGGAAAGUCAGAGGGUUGUGACAAAGAAAGAGGGACUGGAGUUUGCAAGAGAAUAUGGCUGCCUUUUCAUUGAAUGCAGUGCUAAAACACACGCUAACGUACAACAGUGCUUUGAUGAGCUUGUUCUAAAGAUUGUUGAUACACCUAGCCUUUUAGCCGAGGGCUCUAAGGGUGUGAAAAAGAACAUGUUAAGCCAGAAGCCGCCGCAACCCGAUGCCGCCGCAAGCGCCUGCUGUUGAUAUUCAUCUUUUGCUUUAU